AUGUCGUACAAACAGUAUAAUCCGUCCAAAAAAGCGCGCUUUGGAGUGAAAUUUUAUAAAUUAUGUGAAUCCAAGUCGGGCUAUUGCAUUCAAUUCAAAAUCUACACUGGUCAAGAUUUAGACAGAAAUACGAAUGUAAGUGCAUCUGAAAAUGUGACAAUGUUUAUGUUCACAGUACUAGCUGGUUACGGGCAUACUCUAUUUUUGGACAAUUGGUAUUCUUCGGCAAGCCUAUUUCAAAAACUACAAUCUAUAAAAAUUAACGCCAUAGGAACAGUAAGAUGCAAUAGGAAGAAUAUGCGUAAACAACUCGCAGCUGCAAAACUAAAACAAUCUGACGUGAUAUCGCACUCGUGUAAUGGAAUUUUUGGAAAGACAAAAAUGGAAAGACAAAAAAGACAUAUAUGUAAUAUCUACGAAACAUACAAAAAUUGA